AUGUUAAGAAAAAGCACUUCAACCAUAUACACAACACACAAGAAAAGCAACAGCAGCAUACUCAGGAGCCGGAAGGACCAGACCAAGGUGGACCCAUUAGUAGAAGAAUAUCCCAUGGGUGAUUUCGGGACCACUAAUCAACCCGCCCAGCCUAGUGUGAUAUACUACUUUGUGGAGUUGACCAAUGCAGGCAUACAAGAAAAUACAAGUAGCAACAACAACAACAACAAUAACAACAACAAUAACCAUGACGGUGGUGAGAGCGGUGCCCGCUACGGCCACGGCAGCAGUCUGGGCGGGAACGUCCACUUGCGGCGUUAUUCGUAA